UUUAUAACUCAUUGGUAGACUUGGCCUGCUGUGAGAAUGUAUACGUAUUGUAAUUUGUUGGUUUUAUUUUGUGUGCAUUUACUUUAUUUAGAAUGCACAGUUUGUAUAAAGAUUGAGCCGGUAGUGACAGUGAAGCAAGGGAAACUACAGGGUGGCACAGACACGUUGUAUGAUGGGUCGACUUACUACAGUUUCAGGGGCAUCCCGUACGCCCAGCCACCCUUGGGACAGCUGCGAUUCAGGGCUCCCCUGCCCCCUCAACCCUGGACAGGCAUCCGCAAAGCGACCGAAUAUGGCUCCAGCUGCGCGCAAACGGAGGACGGAGCUGACUCCGUCUUCCAAGGCAGCGAGGAUUGUUUGUUCCUCAACGUCUUCACCAAAUCCCUCCACGGCCGCACGCCUGUCAUGGUCUUCAUACACGGAGGAUCCUAUCUAUCCGGCUCCGGAGACGAUGAGCUCUACGGACCGAAGUUCAUCGUUCAACAAGAUGUGGUCCUGGUCACUUUGAACUACAGACUUGAAGUGCUCGGAUUCUUAAGCUUGGAAACCCCUGAGGUCCCCGGCAAUGCGGGCAUGAAGGACCAAGUCGCUGCGCUGAAAUGGGUAAAGGAGAAUAUAGCUAAGUUUGGAGGAGAUCCAGACAACAUCACCAUUUUCGGAGAGAGUUCCGGGGCUUGCUCUGUGACUCAUCAUAUUCUGUCGCCGAUGACUACAGGACUGUUCCAUAAAGUUAUCGCGCAAAGUGGUACCAGUGUCCAUGAUUGGGCGAUAGGUGAAGACAGCAAAAGCAGAGCAUUCCGAGUUGGAAAUUAUUUAGGAAAAAACACGAAGAAUACUACUGAGCUGCUUGAUUUUUUAAUGUCCCUCCCAGCAGCUCACCUAACUAAAUUGACAGCUGCCACCAGUACAGAGGAUGAGAAAUAUAGAGGAUUGCCUGAGCGAUUCCUGCCGGUUGUCGAAAAGAAAUUUAAUAACGUCGAAGCGUUUUUAAACGAAAAUCCUUUGGAUAUUCUUCAGUCGAAAACAGUUCGGAAGGUGCCACUGAUUUUGGGAUUUAAUUCUGCUGAAGCUAUUAUUAUGAUAGAAGAUCGCUUAGGGAAGUUGGACAUUUACAAUAACAAUCCAUCUUACGAUGUUCCUAGAGAGAUCGCUGAAAAAAUUAGCGAAGAGAAAAUGAAUGACAUGGGAAAACGUAUUCGAAAAUUCUAUAUCGGUGACAGAGAGUAUACAAAGAAUGACUAUAAGGAGAUAGUCAGUAUGUUGUCUGAUGUGCAUUUCGUGUACGACACGCAUAGAUUUACUCACCUGUAUUCUAAACACAACAGUCCCAUUUAUAUGUACAGGUUUAGUUUUGAGAGUGACCUCAAUGUUUUCAAGAAUGCCAGUACUAUGGGUUUGGAUUUGAAAGGAGCCUGUCAUGCCGAUGAACUAUUUUAUAUGUUCACUAGUGAUUAUUCUAAAGAUGCUUAUGAAUCGCAGCAAAAGUUGAAGGAUUACGUGUCGAAAGUGACCAAAUUGUGGACAGAUUUUGCUAAAACCAGCAAUCCAACUCCAGAAAAUUGCUCCGGUCCAAAAUGGCCGGCAUACACGACGGUGAACAAGGAGUACCUGGACAUCAACGAGCAGUCCACGGCAGGUAGAUUCGCGGAUAAAGCCAGCGUCGAGUUCUGGGACACCCUGUAUUGUGAGGCUGGCGUGUCUUGCAUUAAAAACAACUAAUAUUAUAGUUUGUAUUCUAUGUUUGCAUGAAUACGUAAAAAUUCACUUUACAAUGUGAGUAAUAUCUAAAUAUACAAAUUUUUUUUUUUUUAGCCUACUAUAGUGUCCCACUGCUGGGCAAAGGCCUCCCCUCGCUUCUUCCACUCAACCCUGUCAUGUGCGUUAUUUUGCCAGCUUGGAUAAAAUGCGUUCAAGU